UUCUACGCCUCGGCAGAGUCUCACCUGGCCCAAUUGGGGCUGAGCUUAUUGCCACGACGUGAGGCAGCGGCGGAAGAGGAGGAGGAGCGGGCCAGAACCGCGCCGCGCAUCCCCGCCGCACUGCCUCGCCCAGGCCUCGCCAUGGCCGCCGCCACCUGGCGCUACCGCGGGGACCCCGAGGGCGAGCGGCCGGCGACGCUUGUGCGGUUCGCCAACGGGAGGCUGGAGCGGCCCGAGUCGCUGCGCUUCACCGUGUACCGGAACCGGGACUCGGCGCACCCCCGGAAGAGGCACCGCCGGAUCCUGCCCUUCCCAGGAGCUCUCCUGCUUUCCCAGGUCUCGGAGACAGAGCGGCUCUGCUACGUGGGGCACAACUUUGGCAGCCAGGUCAUGAAGUGCAACUCCCUGUGCAGGUACUUUGUUGGAGUGCUAGACAAGAGCUCUGGGCAGAUGGAUGUCUACAAUGCUGAAAUAUUCAACAUGCAGCCCCUGCUCUCAGAUAACGUGAUGCCCGACGACACCAAGGACUACCAGACCAAGUCCUACAGGGAGAAGAUGGAUUUGUGCAUCGAGGCCUUCGGAACCAGCAAGCAGAAGCGAGCUCUGAGCUCCCGCCGCAUGAACGCCGUGGGCAGCGACAUCGUGAGCACGGCUGUGACAAAGGCAGCUGCAAAUGUUAUAGAUGCCAAGGGAGUGACAGCUCUGAUGCAGGACGUGGCCCAGGAUGAUGUGCAGAACAUCUCUGCCUUCCUCCCGCCGUGCCACGAGGACGCCGACCGGCCGGAGCACGUGUACAAGUUUGAGGACAUCCUGUCUCCUGCCGAGUAUGAGGCGCUGCGGGUGCCAGCAGCCGCCCUGGCCAGCAUCACCACGGAGGAGAUGGCCAAGAGGGCAGAGGAGAGAAGCCUCUGCUCCUUUGUUUUGGAGGAGCUGAAGUUCCUGCCCACUGAUGAGAGGAGUAGGGACCACAAAGCCCGAUGCCUCUGGUUCCUGGACAUCCUCAUCAAGUUCAGCCAGCAGAAAGUGAUCAAGAAGAAGCAUCCAGUGGGCCCUGAAUGCCCACACAUCAUCAGCAAGAAACUCAUGAAGAAUUUCACCUCGCUGACCUACAACAAUGGCAGCAUCCAGAAUUUAAUCUCUGCAUCCAUGAAGGCUAAAAUCACCGCUUAUGUCAUUGCCUUGGCUUUGCACAUUAACAACUUCCAGACGGAUCUCACCGUCCUGCAGAACGACCUGAAGCUCUCAGAGAGCAGGAUCCUGGACAUCGCCAAGGCGCUGCGGCUCCGGGUGUCCAAGGCCAAGGGGGUGCUGGGGCUGGAGAAUGACCAGAACCACAAGCUGGGCACUCUGUCCCUGCCCCUGCCCACGCAGAAGGCACCAGAGGGACAGCGCAAGCGCAGGAAAAUAAACUGAGCUGCCCAGGAGGUCAGGGGGGGACACAGCCCCUCCCUCAGGAUGUCAUGGGGAUGCCUUCCCCUGCUGGGUUCAGGUCCAGCAUCAGCCCUCACGCAGCUGAAGCCAGGCUGAGGGUUUCACCUCAUUGAAAUGCUUCUGUUUUUCUAUUUAUAUAGAAAAGGCUAUAAUAAAACCCUUUUUUUUUCUA